AUGGGAAUUUGUGAGUGCGUGCAAAGAAAAGCAAAUCUGGCUAAAACUGAAGAAGAAUUGAGAGGAGAAAUGCUUGUGAAAUAUCUUAAUCGGCUUGAUCAAAAUUUGUUGUCAGCUCAAAUGAAGCUAAAUGAGAUAAGUUGUUCGGUGCCGGAUGAAGUGAGCGGAUAUCAAGAUUCAGGGGUUUAUAAUGAAGAAUCUGUUGCUGAUGAAUUAUUAGUUACAGAUGGACUUAAUCCUUUUUUGAGCCGAGAAAUCAUAAAAUUUUUGAGAAGUAUUGUGUAGAGCUGUAAAAAAUAUCACUAUGCAAAUUUUUUGUAUAAUGAUUUUAUAUAAUUAUUAAUCUUAUGGAUCCCCCCCCUCAUUUGUCAAAUUUUCUAGUCUUUUAUCAUUUGUCCACUUUUCUAGUUAUUUGUAUAGGAAAUAAAAUUUUUUUUAGGACCUCAUUUGUCCAAUUUUCUAGUCAAAAUUUUGAUAGAAAAAAAAUUUUCAGGACCUCAAUUGUCUCAUUUUCUAGUUUUUGUAAAGUAAAAAACUAAAAUUUAGGACAUUCGAAAAAAUCCAAAAAAGACUAGAAAAUGGGACAAAUCAUUUUACAAGAUUUUGGGACAAAUGAGGUCCUGAAAAUUUUUUUUUCUUACUCCCCCCACUCCUCCGUGAGUGAACAAAAAAAUUUUGUUCACUCACGGAGGGGGGUUAAUUUUUUUUUUUUAAAAAAAUUUAUAUAUAAAUUUUUAUAAAAUUUUUUUUUUUUUUCGAAAUUUAAAAAAAUCCUAAUUCGCAAAAAUUGGAAAGCAAAUAUUAAUUUAAUUUAUAAAAUUUAUGUUUUUAAAAAAGCAAUUUGUUUAAAAUUAAACAGAAUUAGCUCUAGAUUUCAUUAUACUAAUUAUCACUUAUAUAUCAAAUUUUUUUUCCAUAAAAAAUUUUUUCUAUUAAAACCAUUUUUGUUCACUCACGGAGGGUGGGUUUUUGGGCAAAAAAUGCCGAUUUUUCUAAUGGUUUUGUUCACUCACGGAGGGGGGGAGUUAGAAAAAAAAAAGACUAGAAAAUUGGACAAAUGAGGGGGAUCCUUACAAUUAAAUCUCAAGUAAAUUCUAUUAGAUUUUAGAGAGCUUGCAUUUAAAAAUAAAUUAUUAUUUCAAUAUUAAAUUGAUAAAAAUAUUUUGAGCAAGCCAAGAAAUCAUGCGAUCUGCAAAUAAGUUAGCAAUAUAAAACGAGAAAAUGAGAGUUUCCAAAAUAAGAAAACUGAAAAUAAUUUAGAAUUUCUGCUUUCACCUUUAACUGCUUCAUUUGAAUAUAACCCCGUAACUGAGUCAGAUGCGAGGAUCACUGUAAAUAGAGAUUUUUUGGAAAAUAUUGACGACAUUUUGCUUGACGAGUAUCAGAUUUCUAGUGAUUUUGCGUCAAGUUAUGAAUACGGAGCUCCUCUGAGAGGAGCUUCUGUCUUUGCACCGAAGGAAAAGGAAAGUUUAUCUAAUAGAGGAUCAGUUAGGAUGAGUGAAAAAAAUUCAGUUUAA